AUGCUUCACUUUCAGGUUCGCUGCAUUUUAUACUCAGUUGGUAGACUUCCCUCUCCAAAAUUUUCAACUUUCCAGACCACAAUCCUGAAAAGAAGAUGGCAGACAACAUUAUCUAGUGAAAAGCCUACGGUUUUAAACCGUCUACUCUUGAAGAAAGCAGAACAAAAUCUUCAGGAGUUCAAGAAAUUAACUGAUGAUCUAUCCAAGGGGGUGAGUUUCGACGUCGAUAACCAAAAGAAAUAUGCCAAAUUAUCGUCCAUAUGUAAUAUUUAUGAAAAUUAUAUGACAUCUUUCAACGAUUGUAAUGAACUGAAACAAAUGAUAGAAUCUGAUCCGACAUUGAGAGAAGAAGCAGAAUUAGAAUUAAAGGAGAGCACGAAGCAAUUAUCACAUGCAUCUUCACAACUUAUGAAGGCAUUACUACCGUCCCAUCCAUUCGCUUCAGAACCAUGCAUUAUAGAAUUAAGACCUGGUGCUGGAGGAAUUGAGGCAAUGAUUUUCACUCAAGAUUUAUUGAAUAUGUACAUUAAUUAUUGUCACAAUAAGAAAUGGAAAUAUACUAUAAUGGAAAAGAAUGAAAAUGAAAGUGGAGACGGUAUAAUUGAUGCUACAAUUACUAUUGACCAACCUGGUUCUUAUGAUAGAUUAAGAUUUGAAGCGGGUGUACACAGAGUACAAAGAAUUCCAGCUACAGAGACAAAAGGUAGAACUCAUACCUCUACUGCAGCUGUCGUCGUCUUACCCAAAGUACCAGAAACUGGAUCAUCAGGAAAAGAAUUAAGAGAGUUCAAACCAGAUGAAGUUCGUAUUGAUAUUAUGAGAGCAAGAGGGAAGGGCGGACAACAUGUCAAUACGACAGAUUCUGCAGUUAGAUUAACUCAUCUCCCUACAGGAAUUGUCGUGUCAAUGCAAGAUGAAAGAUCACAACAUAAGAAUAAAGCAAAAGCAUAUGCAAUAUUAAGGGCAAGAUUGCUGGAUAAAGAACAAAGGGAGAAAGAUGAGAAAGAAAGAUCGCUGAGAAAGGAUCAAGUAACUACUACAGAUAGAUCUGAUAAAAUCAGGACUUAUAAUUAUCCUCAAAAUCGUGUAACUGAUCAUAGAUGUGGGUACACAUUAUAUGCGUUGGAUGCAGUAAUGAAUGGGACUAGACUCGACGAAGUCAUUGAUGCCAUUAGUGAUUACGAAACUUUCGAACUUUCUAAAAAAGAACUCAUAGAGCCGUCAAACAACUAA